UGUCAUGGUGAGCUUUUUUUCUGUUGAGUGAUGAGGGACGUAAGCGACAAUCCAUUCAAAUAGAUUGUUGCAUUGGAACCUUUGGGACGUAUUCUGCAUCCAAAGCCAAAGCCAAGGGGUCGCCUUUUUUCGUUCCCAGCCUCAAGUCAAGGACAGACCCUUCACUUCAAUGGUCUCGAAUGUCUCAAAAGGUUGCAAGGCUCACCAUGUUGAAGGAGGCGCCUGCAAAGGACGAGCUUCGGACGUGCUCCUCUUGCUGCGAGGAGCCCAGCAGCGGUGCAUCUGCGCCGUCAUUGUCGUUGAUUGGGUGUGCCUUGGUGUCCUCGUAGCCACUGCCACCACUGCGACCGUGCGCCGCCGCCGCCGCCGUGUCGUGGUAGUAGUCGGGCGGACUGUGGCUGCGCGCCGAACCGUCGUAGCCCAUGCGCCCGACGCCGUAGUCCCGCGAUCCGUACCCGCCAUACCCAGCGCCGGUGCUCUCGGUGGAGGAGUAUGCCAUGGACGUGCCGCUGGCUGAAUUGCGCAGUGGCUGGUACGACGAUGCCAUUUGCCGCAAGGCUUUGUUACAAAGUUACAAAGAGUGUGUGAAGUUCGGGGAGCCUGGAACUGAGAUGGACUGAGAUUGAGAUUUGUAUGGUAAGACAGUACUGGAUAUUGGACAAAAGCAAGACCAACAUGCAUAAUUCAUCGCACUUGGAUACACAAGAAGGACUACUGUAGCACGCUCUACGCAGGACUUUGGAUGCAGCGGCUUUGGACCUGUGGUCACGCUCAGCCCAGAAACAGUAGAACAUUCAUCGCGCAGCUGAUGCUUGCCGAACAGUUUGCUAAGAAGCUUGCGAAUUUUAAAAGUGCUCUUUGGUUUGCUGAGCAUUGGCUGGACGAGAGGGACGAGGUUGGUGUUUUUGACAGGUUUGCCAGUCUGCUCUGUCUGCUGAGCUUCUGCGAGGCUUUGCUUGCGUUAUCUGCAAAUGGGAGUCCAAUUGUCAAGCUGUUUCAUGAUACAUGCACUUUUUGCCCCUUUUCGCUUAGCCAACAGACGAAUCCAAACAAUGCUCGGUCGAAUUGCCUCUCGCGCUGCCGCCAGUGCCACGACUACAGCGACUGCGAUCGCGUCCACCACUGCGACCCGCGCAUUCUCUGCUCGCGGUGCUGCUGUUGCUGUUGCUGCUGCUAAAUCAGGAACCUCCGCAAAGCACACCGUCUUGGCCGAUCGCAUUGCAGGCAUCCCCACCGACGCCGAGGCCGCCGCAAACUUCCCGGCAAAGUUCCUGGGCUUUGAGCUGGCCAAGGACAAGCCGCUCUUCACUCCGGGACCGCUGGGCGUCUCGCUCACCACAAAGCAGGCCGCCCUGCGCGAUCUGGGCUCGCGCGAUCGCCUCUUCAUGGACACGGUCAAGGACAUUCGUACCCAGCUCGUCCAGCUCGCUGGCGUCUCCACCAAGGACUUUACGUCCGUCCUCAUCCAGGGCUCGGGCUCGUUCGCAGUGGAGGCCGUCAUCCAGACCGCCCUCCCACGCAAGGGCGGCAAGUUCCUCGUGCUCGCAAACGGCGCGUAUGGCUACCGCAUGAACAAGAUGGCAAACUACCUCGACAUCCCAGUCAUCAUGUUCGAGUUCCCCGAAACCGAAAAGGCCCCGCUCGCAGAGGUCGAAAAGCUGCUCAAGGCCAACCCCGACGUCACCACCGUUGCCAUCGUCCACAGCGAAACCAGCUCGGGCAUCAUCAACCCCAUCUCCGAGGUUGGCGCGCUCGUGCGCAAGCACCUCCCCAACGCCACCUACUUUGUCGACGCGAUGAGCAGCUUUGGUGGCAUCCCGAUCAACAUGGAGGAGGCCAACAUUGACUUCCUCGUCAGCUCGGCCAACAAGUGCAUCGAAGGCACCCCCGGCUUCUCGUAUGCGAUCGCCCGCCGAUCGGCCCUCGACAAGUGCAAGGGCAACUCGCGCUCGCUCUCGCUCGACUUGCAAGACCAGAACGCCUACAUGGAGCAGACCGGCCAGUUCCGCUUCACCCCGGCCACACACUCCAUCCUCUCCUUCCGCCAAGCCCUCCGCGAGCUCGAAAUCGAGGGCGGCGUCGAGGCCCGUGCUGCCCGCUACCAGCUCAACCGCGCCAUUCUCCGCAAGGGCAUGGCCGAGCUCGGCUUCCGCGAGCUCCUCGACAACUCGCACGAAGGCUACAUUAUCACCUCCUUCCACUUCCCCAAGCAUGCCAAGUUUGACUUUGAAAAGUUCUACAGCACGCUCAGCGCCAAGGGCUACGUCAUCUACCCAGGCAAGGUCACCAAGGCCGAUUGCUUCCGUGUCGGCUCCAUCGGUCGUCUCUUCCCCAACCACAUGACCGAGCUGUUGGAAACCAUGAAGGUCGUGUUGGCCGAGAUGGGCAUUCCGACCCCCAUCCAAGAGUAGAAAAAACCCCCCAAGCGUUAGCGUUGUUGGUUUGAGUUCGACUGUUCGUUGUGCUUUGGGUUUUUUCGAUUUUGGAUUUUCAACACAUUGUAUUCAACACACUGCAUGUCGAUCUG